CCUCUUCUUUCCCAGCCCCCUCAACAAUUCCAACCCAUCCAUCCAUCCAUCCACUUCUUUUCUCUUAUCUCUCUCUCCUCCUCAAAAUAAUCGAAUUACUCAAAUCAAACAAGAUGAGGAUGAUAGACUUGGGCAGCUACGGCGGCCCCCUCGGCAUCAUCGACACGUCCACCGCCGUCGACUGCACCAAGGACGUCCGCUUCCGCCGCUCCUUCCGCUCCCUCGUCGAGUGCAUGGUCCCAUGCUGCGGCUUCCAGCCCGCCGCCGACGACUCCUCCGACACCGCCUCCACCACCACCACCACCGUCACCGGUACCUUCUUCGGCUACCGCCGCAGCCGCGUCAGCUUCUGCCUCCACGACGACUCCUCCUCCUCCCGCGCCGCCGCCCCGCUCCUCCUCCUCGAAUUCGCCGUCCCCACCGCCUACCUCGCCCGAGAGAUGCAGCACGGCCUCCUCCGCAUCGCGCUCGAAUGCGACCGGGCUCGCGCCCAGUCCCUCUCGCUCUUCGGCGUGCCGGCCUGGUCCAUGUACUGCAACGGCCGGAAGGUGGGGUUCGCCGUCCGGCGGCAGAUGAGCGAUGCCGAUGCUGCGGUGUUUAAGCUUAUGCAGUCCAUAUCGGUGGGCGCCGGAGUUCUUCCCGCCGAUUCCAGGUCCGGCGACGGAGACCUCAUGUACCUGAGAGCGAGUUUCGAGCGGGUCGUUGGCUCGGUGGACUCGGAGUCGUUUCAUAUGAUAAACCCGGUGGGGUGCACCGGCCAACAGUUGAGUAUAUUUCUCUUGAGAACGCAAUCAAGCUUUUGUUAGUUAAUUGUUUCUCAUGGAAGGGUAAGCAGUGUAUUUUGUACACGGUAUGAGCAGGACCGUUGAUGGAAGAAUUCCUGGCCAGAUGGUCCGGUGGAUAG